CAGAAUGGUGAUGAACACAGAUGGAUUCAAAUAGGUAGGUGGUUGAUGGUCAUUCAUUUUUUUUGUACCUGCUAACAAGUUGUUGGUUACAGUUAUGGAUGGAAUGAAGGCAACAUCUUCUGAUGGAAGAAGCUUACACCAUCAAAACUUGUUGCUCUUUAUGUUAAUUCAUCAGCACCUCAGAUAGAAAGACUCAAAGUGAGAGCAAAUGGUUUUUCUGAAUAAUGUCAAUUUAUGUCAAUUUAUCAGCACCCCAGAUAGAAAGAAUUACAGCAAGAAUAAUGAGUCUUUCUGAAGAAUGCAACAUAAUGACCUGCACCAAGGUCUCAGUUCCAAACCUUUUAACCUGUCAUGGCAUGCACUAGCCAAUGGUUUCCAAUUUUCUCAGAUAUUGUGAUAUCUUCAUUUUUAGUUAAAGAAGCAUUUGGUGAAUUUGUGUCCGAUUGGAGUGCAGAGAGAUUUGUUGAGAGGUGUGCAAUUUUAUCAUUUCUGGAUGACUCAUUCUGAAGUAAUUAGGGUUUGAUAAUAUUGUAAAGAAUCCUCUGGGAGGCACUGUCCAUAUGUCAUUCCCCUUAAGAGCUAUUGUCAAAAUUUUCUUUAACAAAGAUUUGCUUUGUCAGUAAAAAAUUAUUUGCAACAUAAAAACUCAAAAACAAUUUCCCAGUGUACAAACUCUGCUCUAACCAGGAUUACCUUUUAUCACAAGUUUGGCAUCAACAAGAACUGUUUAUUAACCUCUCUGCAUUUUACACCACAUUGCUUUUUUACUGCAAUACUCUACAACUAUAGAGCAGUAGGCACAUACAGUCAUAGACUGUCUUUUAUUUUGUACAGGUAUGCAUCAAGUCCUCUGUUUAAGGAAGAUGGCUUUUUCUUCAUCAGACAUAACAAGAGAUAUGUAGCCACAGCAUUUGCCUGGCAAGACAAAUUGAACUCAUUGGAAGGACAUCUUCAUUGGUUGGCAGUCUUGCCUGAGUAUCACAGACAGGGCUUGGGAAGGGCUCUUGCAUUGCGCGUUCUUCUUUACCAUAAGGAUCAUGGGAAGGAAUCAGUGAGUCUUAUAACAGAGGUGUACAGACAUGCUGCCCUUAAGCUUUACAAAGACAUUGGAUUUGUUUGUAGUGCUGAAGAGACCUGA